CUUCCAAUAGCUGACACAGGAGUGGAUAUCCUCCCCCUUGAUUUAAAAAGCACCUGAAGCAAGUGGACAACAACAGGGUCAUGAAGCUUCUCUGCCUGCUGCUGUUGGCCUGUUUGGCUGGCUGUGGUGCUUCCAGUUCAAGAGACUGGGCUCAUCACGGGGCUCCCAUGUUUGCCGACCUCACAGUUCGUGAAUUGAAAGCUGUCCGGGCGUACCUGCAUGGUCUUCCGCAACUGGAGCUCACAGAUGCUCGCAGCAAGCCUCUGAAGAAGAACAGCAUCCUUCUGAUAGAACUCCAUUUGCCAAAGAAGCACGAAGCCCUGAGAGCUCUGGACCGAGGACAGUCAAAACCCCCACGUCAAGCCCGUGUCAUCAUUCAGUUCGGGAACCAAAUCAAACCCAACAUCACUGAGUACAUUGUAAGUCCAUUGCCAUCCCCAAAGUCCCAUGAAGUUAAGACCUUCAAGGGGGGGAAGCCUGUCGGCUUUGAUUCAAGGCCUAUUACUGCUGCAGAGUAUCGCCAUAUGAUUGCCAUCCUUGAGAAGAUUACAACUAAAGCUCACAAACUCCUCUUUGAGACCACAGGUGGGUUUUCCUUCACUAACUGCUCUAACCGCUGCCUGACGUUCUCUGACAUAGCCCCCCGUGGUCUGGGUCCUGGUGAGAGGAGAACCUGGAUCAUGUUGCAGAAGUUUGUGGAGGGUUAUUUCAUCCACCCAGUUGGGUUUGAGGUACUGGUCAACCAUCGGGACCUGGACCCAGAAAAAUGGGGAGUCGAAAAGGUCUGGUACAACAGCAUGUACUUUGACAGUGUUGAGGAGCUGGUAGAAAAGUAUGAGUCAGGAGAUGUGGAGAAGAUCAAGUUGCCCGAUCACGAUGACAAUGACCUCUACUCCACCUACAUCCCCCGGGGUCACAGCAACACCCCCACCAAUAUCCACGGGCCAAAGCUUGUGGAGCCUCAGGGGCCUCGCUAUCUCGUUGACCGCAACUUUGUUGAAUACUCUGGAUGGUCUUUUGCCUACAGAGUUCGCUCAUCAGCCGGGCUUCAAAUCUUUGACCUACGUUUCAAUGGAGAAAGGAUUGCCUAUGAAGUCAGCCUCCAAGAAGCGAUUGCCUUCUAUGCUGGUGACACUCCUGCGGCCAUGCAAACAAAGUAUAUCGAUGCAGGAUGGGCCAUGGGCAGUUCAAGCUUCGAGCUAGCGCCUGGAAUCGACUGUCCAGAAAUUGCCACAUUUAUCGACCUUAACCACUACUACGACACGGACAAACCUCUGCACCACAAAAAUGCACUUUGUAUUUUUGAGAUGACAACGGGUAUGCCACUCAGAAGGCAUUUCAACUCCAACUUCAAGGGGGGAUACAACUUCUACGGGGGGCUGGAAAACAGCGUGCUGGUGCUGCGGACAACCUCGACGGUUUACAACUAUGAUUACAUCUGGGACUUCGUCUUCUACCAGAAUGGGGUGAUGGAGGUAAAGGUCAGCGCCACUGGAUACAUCCACGCCACAUUCUUGACAUCCAAUGGACUUCAAUAUGGCAACAAGGUGUACGAUUAUGCGCUGGGUAACUUGCACACACACCUUGUCCAUUACAAGGUGGAUCUGGAUAUCGCUGGUCGAGAGAACAGCUUUGAGUCGAUUGAUCUGAAGUUUGUCAACUUCACAAAUCCCUGGAGCCCGAAGAAUUUCAUUGUCCAGUCCAAACUCCACAAGACAGAGCACAAGACCGAGCGAUCUGCCGCCUUCCCAUUUGGCAAAAAGUUCCCCCGCUAUGUGCACUUUUACAACGCCAACAAGAAAAAUAAAUGGGGGCACCAGAAGGGUUACCGAAUUCAGUUCAACUCACAUGCCCAUAGUGUCCUUCCAAAAGGCUGGAGAGAGGAAAACGGCAUCAGUUGGUCAAGGUAUCCUCUUGCUGUGACUCGUCAUAAAGAUAGUGAAGCCAGCAGCAGCAGCAUUUACAGCCAGAAUGAUCCCUGGGAACCUGCCGUGUCCUUUGAGGACUACAUACGCAACAAUGAGGACAUAGUCAACCAGGACCUAGUUGCCUGGGUGACGGUGGGGUUCCUGCAUGUGCCUCACUCAGAAGACAUCCCCAACACGGCGACACCCGGCAACGCAGUGGGCUUCUUCCUUCGUCCCUUCAAUUUCUUCGACGAAGACCCUUCGCUGUCGUCGCGCAGCACCGUCAUCGUCCGGCCGGGCCAGGAUGGCAAACCCAAGGUCCAGAGAUGGACACCUGAGGUCGUAGGACACUGUGUGACAGACAAGCCAUUCUUUUACAACGGCACCUAUGCAGGUGUCUAGUGAGGUUUUCUAAAUAGUGAUUUAGUACAAUUUCAAUACACUAAUAAGGCUCAAUUACACAAUGUGGAUCUUAGCUAAUGACAAUCACUUGAAGAACAUAAAGUCAGAUUCAUGUAUAACAAUAUGACAGCCUAUGAGAACAAAUGUAAAAGAAAGACAAUUUUAAAAGGAAAAGGUUGAUAUUGUGUUAUUGUCUUUUCAGAAAUGCUACUUUUUUUCUAUCAAUGGUCAUGUACAACUUAAAACCAUACUUUUAAGUGAAAUUAUUGCACUAACAUCAAACAACCCCUUUUCAAACACCACUUGACAUAAUCCAUGUCUCUUUCCUAUCUCCCAUAAAUUACUCUUAAUGGCAAAGUUUAUGUAACACAGUAUAGCAAACCACACAUGUAACCUGGCAGGGGGAAGGGGAGUCGGUGUGGGGCAUGGAGGUCUUGAGAACUCCAGUAAUCCCAUGGCGGGUCACCGUGGCUGAGGUUUAGCAGCAGCAAGCAUCCAGGAUGCAGGAUGCUCCGUAUCCGCCCCACAUGGGUCUAAACUACCGUCCCUCAGCACGCUCCACCCGCCCCCAUGGAGGGAAUGUUUUCGCUACACAGACAACAGGCCUUACAGAGCAAACAGCCUGAUUCCGGAUCCUUCCACACAAACAGACCAGAUACCACCUGGAGGAGCCGUCGCCCCUGGAAACCUAUCCAUACGUACAAUGUGGCAGAAUUCACGGAAAAUCAACAGCACAUGUUACUGCUCUGUCCUUUAUGCCCACAUUCCUGACCUAGCCACGUGACUCAAGGAAAUAUUUUAUAGAGUGACAAAUGAAUCAAUCUUAUCGAUCUUAUUGAAUGUUAUUGAUAAUAUUUUGUAUCAAAUGUUUUGUAUCAAACAAUGAUUAAUAAACACAUUUUUCUUUUUUGCCAUCAAGCUGAAUAAAACUUCUAAAAAGCA